AUGUCGAACCCAGCAACGACAGACUGUCCAAUACUCGUGUGGAUGCUCUCGUUGAACCGGGAAUAUACCAAAGAAGAAUAUGAUGCCUGUUACCAAGUAGUAAAGGAAUGCGUGCCUCAUGAAAAUGUCAAUUAUAAUCCCCCAGAUGCAGAUACAUUCAGACAAUUGAUGACAUUAAUGUUGCCAUUGCUGAUGAUGAGACAUAGACGGAUACCUAGAGCCAAGUGGCGGGACUGCGUGACUCCUACCGGAAAGCAUUGGAUUGAGCAGAUUCCAGACGAUCUACCGCCAGAAAAGUUUCUGCACUCGAUGAUUGGAUACCAUUUGGCCACCGAAAACUCGCUGUGUGGGAUGGCUAUGACCCAGGGUAUUCAGCGUAAAGUCAUCAACAUUGGUCUGGGGAUGAAACAGCUUCUUGUUGAGCCACGCGGAAUCUCGAUGCAGACCUACGUAGAGUCGUUCUCACAUAAACUUACCCAGCUGGAACUUUCAAUGAUAUCGCCUGAUCUUGGUGACGAAGUGAUGCUGCGAAGAUUAUGCAUCAUCAUUUCCCUCAAACAGGCCUAUAUCAAAGCAAUCGGUCAACCAAUAGGUUUCGACUGGUCGCGGCUAGAAUUCAACAUCCCUGAAGAAACCGUCAUUGGCGAUGGCCAUCCGCUAACAGGAUGGGAAUUCCGUAUAUUUAAAGCCAACCUUGGUGUCGCGCGCAAAGAGAUCCUCGUUGAGGAACAGUAUCAGUGCGUCUGUGCGUUCUUCCGAGGGACAAAGGACUCCAAGUUUAUAUGGCACGAGUCUCAAAAAGAGCUGGAAUCCUGGGUGCAAUUCAUAAAUAUCGACCAAAUGGUCAAAGUCAUUCCGAAACUUACUGCAUGA